UAUACCGCACACCCUCAAUUUGACUGCAGUCAUCCCGAGAAGUGCGUUUCAGGUUAUUUACUGAUAUGCAGCAGUAUUUGUAGGACGGAUUACGACGAGCGACCCUUUUCCCAACCCGCGGUUCCGUAUUGACUGAGUACUAUGCAUUCAACUUUCUGAAAAACAUUGGACCUGGCUAUCUGUAGCCUCUUUGCCAACAGCAACAAUGUAUCAUGUUAUAAAAGGACUUGUUCUAACAGAAUCCCGAUGCUGGGAUCCCGAUAGUGGAAGGUCAUACCAAGACCUAUUCGAUCAACUGGACACCAACAAGGAUGGGAAGGUCGAUGUUGCUGAAUUGAGAGCGGGCCUAACCGCAAUGGGCAUGUCAUUCCGCAGAGGUGCAGCGCAGAAAAUUGUAUCGUCUGGUGACCAAAACAAAGACGGAGGGCUUGACUUCAAUGAGUUCAACAAAUAUCUGAAAGAACACGAGAAGAAACUGCGCCUGACGUUCAAGAGCUUGGACAAAAACAACGAUGGGCACAUCGAUGCCUCUGAAAUCAAGCAGUCCCUUGAAGAGCUGGGCAUGGACAUAACCAAGGAAGAGGCCCAGACCAUCCUACAAAGCAUGGACAUUGAUGGCACCAUGAUGGUGGACUGGAACGAGUGGAGGGAUCACUUCCUGUUCAAUCCUGCCCAUAACCUGAAUGAGAUCAUACGCUACUGGAAACACUCCUCGGUGCUGGACAUAGGUGAGAGCAUUGCCAUCCCUGAUGAGUUCACUGAGGAGGAGAAGACCUCUGGUGGUUGGUGGAAACAGCUGGCUGCCGGGGCGAUGGCUGGGGCGGUCUCUCGCACAGGCACCGCCCCCCUGGACAGGGUGAAGGUCUUCAUGCAGGUCCACUCCUCCAAAUCCAACCGGGUCACCCUGCUGGGAGGAUUCAAGCAGAUGAUUAAGGAAGGGGGCGUGGCUUCAUUAUGGCGAGGGAACGGGGUCAACGUAUUAAAAAUAGCCCCUGAGACUGCUAUCAAAUUCAUGGCCUACGAACAGUAUAAGAAGCUGCUGACACCAGAGGGAGAGAAGGUCCAGACCCACCAGAGGUUCAUGGCUGGCUCUCUGGCAGGAGCCACCGCCCAGUCAUCCAUCUACCCCAUGGAGGUGAUGAAGACCAGACUGACUCUGGGGAAAACUGGCCAGUAUAAUGGAAUGUUUGACUGUGCCAAGAAGAUUCUGAGGAAAGAGGGCAUCAAAGCCUUCUAUAAAGGCUACACUCCCAACAUGAUAGGCAUCAUUCCCUACGCUGGCAUCGACCUUGCUGUUUACGAGAGCCUGAAGAAUGCAUGGUUGUCCCGCUAUGCCAAAGACACAGCCAACCCUGGCAUCUUGGUGCUGUUGGGCUGUGGCACCAUCUCCAGCACCUGUGGCCAGCUGGCCAGCUACCCCCUCGCCCUGCUUCGCACACGCAUGCAGGCACAAGCAACUCUGGAAGUGUCGGACAAGUCCACCAUGACUGGACUGAUGAAGGGGAUCAUGGCUAACGAGGGUUUCUUUGGACUGUACCGGGGUAUCCUGCCCAACUUCAUGAAAGUGAUUCCUGCUGUGAGCAUCAGCUAUGUGGUCUACGAGUACAUGAAGACCGGCCUGGGGAUCUCCAAAUGAUGCAGGGACAGUCAGACAGGAUGUUAAGUCUUUAGGUCUUUUUGGACAGUUCAGUUGGAACUUAGUGAUCCGCACAGACUUUUAUGAUCUCACGUGGACAACCAAACGUUGCCAUCUUGUGAUCACUCUGUGUACUGGGCCUUACGAGGAGAACCAUGAAAUCAAGGUUGGGUCUGAGAUAGGCCAUAGCAGUAGACUCUCCAAAAAUGAUGCUCUCCUCUUUAACUCAAGGUGAAAUUCCAAUAUGGUGCAAUAUACCUGUUAAGAACUGCAUUAUGGAUCUUAAAACAUAGAGGACGAGGUAUCGAUGUCUUCAGGUGAACACUGUGAACGAGGUUCAAGAGCUUUGUCCAAACUAUUUUUAGUUCCACUGUAAUAUUAGACGCUCCAUGCGCACAUUUUAGAGAAUCCCACACUACUACAGUUUGCUAUAGAAUUCUGUGGUAAAUUGUCGUCUGGGUACCAGUCAAUUUAGCUAACGUUCCACUACCUGUACUCCGUGUCAUAUGCGUAAGAUAUAUUUAAAGAAUGAAGAGAGACCCGUCUCUUUGGCAUAUGACAUGGAGUAGGCUACAAGGAGUGGAAUGUUAGCUAAAUAGACUGGUACCCAUCAUCAACGAUCACUCGGGGUUGAGUAUGAUUGUCCUCCUGGUGGGUCUUCAGAUGGCUGAAGAGGCCGAUCCGGGAGCCACAUAUUUUGAUGCGGUAUGGGUGGUGGGUGGGCGUUCAUGAUGGGAACUCUCUCCUUUCGAAGUUGCCACUUGUCCCCUGCGGCACGGCAGAGAUUUUCUUUGUACCAUGCAACUUCGUCAUGGACAGCUUUUCUCCAUGUCGACCUGUCGCUAAGUAAACUGUAGAAUACUACACUGCACACGGUAGUAUCCCUCGAUCAGGGGUAUUACUUAAUAUAUAAUUUGGUAGAAUACUAUACUACACAGUGUGGUAUUCCUCAUUCAUGUGUAGUACUUACUGUAAAAUUCUGUAGUGAACUGUAAAAUAUUUGAAUAUGCCCAGCCAAUCCCCCCCCCCAUUUUCCAAUUUGUGCCACCCGUGAGUGAGAAGCCUACAUGCCAGGUAUAGACCAUAUAUUGUGUUCCCUACAGGUUAUGGGAAAUGUGCUCUUAGUAUUUCUCCAGUAGGUUUC